AUGUUUGCUGAGGCUCGAAAAAUCUGUGAGCAAAGUGUCGAUUUUUGUGCUGCCACAAAUGCGGAUAUUGCUAUGUUAUUCCAUCGACGAUCAACGAAACCCUUACGUGACGCACCCAAUGUUCUUAAUUCACCCCAGGUUCCUCAAGUACCCAGUUCAAGCCGAACACAACCGGAGGCUGAGACCAAACACUGCUAUUCAUGUGGUGAAUACCGUCUUCGUUCGACUUGUCGAUUCCGUAAUGCUUUCUGCCAUGCAUGCGAUGAGAACUCAAGCCCAUUCUACACGCUGCAGACCACUGAACCCAACGGUCAGUUCGUGUUCGCCCCACUGAGGUUCGAGUCUGGUGUGGAGCGUCGAUUCAUCAUGGACACAGGAAGCAGCGAAUCAAUCCUGCCGAAAUCAGCACUCAAUGCGAUCUGUCCUAAUGCUAUUCUAGCCCCGACUUCUAAGCGCAUUCAUGGGGUUACUGGCCGUCAGUUGCAAUUGCUUGGUGAAACGAUGUUGCGUGUUAAAUCUGCAUCCGGCGUAUCAAUCCCAAUCCGAUUCCUGGUAUCUGCCCACAGUUCGUCUAUUCUGGGCCUUCGAGCAAUGCGGCUACUACAAGGAUCCAUCACGCUACACACCAACAACGAUAUGCCAAUCACCUCACGUCUUCAACAUUUGAUUGUACAGUGUUUCGAUAACGUUGGUGGCAUGAAAGUACCUUCGGUGAAGUUGGAAGUGGACGGUGAAUCUAUUUUCCUAAAACGACGCGUCCUCCCAUACGGUCAGCGGGAAGGUGUCCUGAAAGCAAUACAGAAGAUGGAACAGGAUGGCGUGAUCAGCAAAGUUGAAUCCAGUGCCUGGGCGACCCCGAUUGUUGUGGCGAUGAAAAGCGAUGGUAGGACACCGCGGAUCUGUGGAGACUAUCGACUGACUUUGAACCCUCGACUGCGGAGAUGUGCAGCGACCACCAUGGAACCAGAGGAUUUCAUGAAGGCAUUGCAUGGGUGCCAGUAUUUUUCGAAGAUCGAUUUGGCGGAUGCAUACCUACAGAUUCCACUCGAUGUCGAAUCUCGCUACUUGACAACAAUCAACAUGCCGUGGGGAAUGUAUCAGUACAAUUCUCUCCCAUUCGGUUUGCGUGUGUCGUCUGGCCUCUUUCAAUCGGCAAUAGACAGCGUAAUCGAAGGACUCGACGGUGUGCUUGCUUAUCAAGAUGACGUCCUCAUUUUCGGCCUUAAUAAGAAAGAACACGAUGACAGGCUUACGCAGGUACUGGAACGAUUUGCCUCCAGAAACGUGGCUAUCAAGCCUUCCAAGUGUGUGUUUGGAGUAAGUGAGUUGGAGUUUCUAAGAUUCACAGUUGAUUCCCGUGGAUAUCGUCCCGAUCCGACACUUUUCAAACCAUUGACUAACAUCGAAUCUCCAAAAGAUCAAACGAAUUUGAGAUCCGUGAUGGGAUGCCUACAGUAUUAUUCCCGAUUCAUCCCGAAGUUUGCUAAAAGCGUGCAGCCGCUUUUCCGUGCUCAGUGUUCAGACGCUUGGGAAUGGUCGGCGGAAUGUGAAGAUAUCUUACGUGGUUCAAUUCGCUGCGUUACUGAGCGUCCUGUUCUCGCCCGUUUUCACCUUCAAAACCGACUACACUCAUCACCGAUGCAUCUGACGUCGGAAUCGGUGCUGUAUUAA